UUUCACUACUGAGUGAGCUUGAAAAUAUUUAUUUCCAAGUUGAAGGGAAUUAAUUAAUGAAAAAGUAACAUUUUAAAGCUCAAAUCAGCGAAUAACGAAUAACCAUUUGAACUCAGUGAAUUAAGAAUAGCAAUGUCGUUAUUCGUUAGCUUUCGCUAGCUCCUUUUGUGACUUGAACACUGUUUAUCACUCCUGAUAACGCUAUCUAAAAUGAAAAAAGGAAUUGAUAAACUUUGUCGUGUUUGCGGGAAAACCGAUAGACAACUUAUACCCAUAUUCAGUGACGAUGGUUUGGUUCAUAAUUUACCUGAUAAAAUACAGAAGCAUUUGUUUUCAAUUCACGUUACCGAGAAUGAUGACCGGCCGCAAAAAUUAUGUUACCAGUGUACUUCCACCUUGAUAUUAUGGAACGAUCUGUUUGAAUUAAGCAUUGAAACAGACAACGGUUUUAAAACGCAGUCGAAUAGCACUAAGCUGAAGAGUACUUCAUUAACUGAUUCCGUUAAACCGAACGCUUCGAACACAGCUGUCGAGAAAAAAUCGAAUUCUAUCGCGAAAAAGAAUAAUAAAGAAGAAAUAGAUGACUCCAUUACCGCCGAAAUUUUCAAAGAAAUCAGAGAUUUUGAUAAUUUCCUGAAUCAGUCUCCUGCUCCUUCUAUUGCUUCGGACAGCGAUCAUGAUUUAACUGAUGACCCUAUGCUGGAAAGUGACCCUGUUCAUGAAGAAACAAUCGAACUUUCUCCAGCAAAACGAGCUUCUUCAUCGAAAGUUUUGAAACGACAGAAAACAACUCAAAACAACGAUAUCUGUGAUGUAAUAUGGGAACCUUCGCCCAAACAAAAUUCUCGUGCUAAUAUCUCGAAAAAAACGAAGCAAACGCCAAUUAAAACUAUCACUGUUGAUGGUAACGAAAUACAACCUUCCGAGAUACCAAAUUUAACCACUGAUGAAGGUAUUGCAGCGGAUACGCAAACACCUCAGAUGCUUUGUGCAAUUCAAGAUUCGAAUAAUGAAAAUACCGAUUCUCCCAGUGAUCCACUUGUUACAAAAAGAAAACGCCCUCCAAGAAAGAAAAAUCCUUCGCUGGACAACAUAGAAAGUCGAAUAUGUCGCAUAUGCGGUAAAUGCUUCAAAGGAGCUGAUACUAUGCGAAUCCAUAUGAAAACAGUUCACUCGACGGAAAGACCUCAUGUUUGUAGUAUUUGUAAUACUGCCUUUAAGCGCAAAGAUCAUUUAGAUGUUCACUUGAAAUACAAACACGGUAAUGAUUCGUAUCCCAGACGACCUUCUAGAAAGUAUCCUUCUACUUCUCAAAAACGUCUCUGUGUUCACUGUGGUAAAAUUCUAUCAUCUUCACAAGUCCUCAAAGAACACAUCAACAGUUUUCACUCGGGACAUCGACCUUAUAAAUGCGAACAAUGCAACAUCAGUUUCAGUAGAUAUUCUACCUUUUAUCAUCAUACAGUCGUGCGUAAUCAUAAAGUCGCCUCGUUUUUCAAAACGUGCGACAUUUGCGGCCUGGAUUUUCAAAGCGAGUCGUUCUACUUCAAGCAUAUGUGGAAACAUCCUGAGAAUGUAUUUUGCGAAAUAUGUAAUAUUACUUUCGAUGAUAACGAUUCGUUCCGUAAGCAUAUCGAAACUUCUCACGAAGAGGAAAAAUCAUUCCAGUGUAGUUCCUGUGGUAAAAGAUUUGGCUCCAAGAAUAGUCUCAAAAUACACGUAGAACUGCAUAACGGAGAAAAACCUUACGAAUGUCAUUAUUGCGCUUGGAAAUUCCAUAAAAAAGGUCAAUUAGUUAUGCAUAUUUAUCGGCAUACCGAUGAAAAGCCGUACGUUUGUGAUGUUUGCGGUCGUGGAUUCCGGCAGAAAGGUGACAUGAGAAAGCAUAAAGCUGGUCAUGUUAUGCAGCUUAAAAGAACUGGUAGUAGCAAUACGUCGUGAUAAAAUUUGCCUUUCGUUAGACAUAUUCGAUUUGUUUGGAAUGAAGACUUAAUAAUAGCUGAUCUGAAGGUGAUAUCACUUAUUUUAUGUGAGUUUUAUGUCAGUAGUCAUUGUUUUAUGUUUAGUGCGCAGAGUUUAAGAUACGUUGUUUCGCCGAGUUUUUAUGAAUAAUUGUGAUGCUUAUUCAUUUUAUGUUCAUUUCUUACUCAUGAAAAAUAAAUGUUUUCAAUUUUUUUUUUUUAAAUAAAAGUAAUUCACUUGCA